UCAAAUUUAAAUCCGUCGAAUUUGAAAGAUAAUGAGUAAAAGAUAAUGGGUAAAAAACAGGAAUUACAAAUGUAUAAAAAAUUGUUGAGAAGAAUCUGGUCGAAGAAGUGCAAAUUCAAAAUAAUUAUUUAAAAUCGAAAUGCCUACGAUACGACUCCCAGAUAAACAAUGUAGUAGUGUUCGUUUCUCGCCAGAUAAUGAUUCCCUAUUAGCAGUUACUGCUUGUGAGAGUCCUGAUCCUAGGGGUUUGAGAUUCGGCGGUAGUUUACAUCUAUUAGAAAUAACACCACAAGAUACUUUGAAAGAAAUCCUUAAGUUUGAACAUAACUAUAAUCUCUUUGAUGUUGAAUGGUGUGAAAGUAAUCCCAAUCCAUCACUUAUUUUAACCGCUUCAGGCGAUAGGAAUUUACAACUUUGGAAUGUGUUUGCUCCAAAGCGUAUGCCUACUGUUUUAACUGGUCAUAUGAAUGAAGUUUUAUCCAUUAAUUGGUGUAAAAUCACAAACUGUAUUCUAAGUGCCUCAAGUGACCAUACAAUACGAUUCUGGGAUCUAAAUACAAAGAAUGCCGUUCACCAGUAUUUACAACAUAAAAGUAUAGUUUAUGAGGCAGAAUUCCAUCCGAAAUUUCCAAAUAUUUUUGCCUCAGUUUCUGCAGACACAUGUUUAAAAAUUUGGGACACUCGUUCUCCUAUAUCAUCAUCAACAAUUCUAGCUCAUUAUGGUAGUUCUCUUUCUUGUACUUGGUCAAAAUGUGAAGAAAAUACAAUAGCAACUGGAGGUGGUGAUAGUAUGAUAAGAGGUUGGGAUCUGAGAAAAUUUCCAAAUCCAAUUUUUGAAUUAGGACCAGUUAUGUCUCCCCUGAAGAAAGUUUUGUUUUCGCCUUUCAGUUAUGGUACCCUGGCUUCAGUCAGUGAUGACGGGAUCACAAGAAUUUGGAAAUGUUUUGAACAUAAGAAACCAAUAAAUAUCAUUCAAAAUCAUAGUUCAUUUGUCAGUGGCCUAGACUGGAAUUCUUCAGAAACAACUACACAUUUAGGACAGCUUGCAGAUUGUGGUUGUGAUGGCUUUGUUCAUAUUUUUAAUUCCUCCUCAAACUGAUAUAUUCUCAUAUAGUUCUUGGGAAUUCUUUUAGGAAUUCCAUAUACUUCUUUAUGUAACAUACAUGCCCUUCAAAAAAAGACUAAUUUUUAAAUUCAUUGCCUGCUUGAACUUGAAUAUGUUUUAAAGUAUUUGUUUUAUCCAUAUAUUUUUAUAAAUUAUUAAUAUUUCUUAUGAAUCACACAAGUUAUUAAUAUUAUUAUUGCUAAUGUUUGAUAAUGAUCAUGUCUGUGAAAUGUAGUUAUUCAUUUUUUACAUGAAUUUUCAUUUAUCCUAGUCAAUUCAUAAACAUGCAAUCUGCAAAAGCUGUCCUAAGGAAUAAUAAAAUGAAUGUGAACUUUUACUACUAAUAUACAAAAAUAUUGUUUAGUAAUUAAAUUCAUAAUUUAUUUGAGAAAUCAUCAAACAUAAUUGACCAUAAAAAUUAUAUAAACUUUUGUAAAUGUAUAUUUCGAAUUAUUUUUUUACUUGGCGUUUUUUUAAUUAAAUCUUUUUCAAUGA